AUGGCCUCUCUCAACCCUUCUCCUGCAUUCUGGAAACCAGCGGCCCUUCCGCUCUUCACAGGCCUCCUCGCCCUCCUCGGCGCCGCCGACGGGGUCUUCAAUCUCGUCAAACCCGACGGCGGGGCUGCGACAUUUGGGCUCGUCCCGCCGCGCCGAGACUCGGUAACGCCCGCCCAGUUUGACGCCUUCCACCAUGCCCUAGUCAAGGUCAAGGGGGCUAGGAACCUACACAUGUCCUCCUGCAUCCUGGCUCUGGUCCUCUAUGGGAAUUUCUCCGACGUCUGCCGCGCGUCGCCGGUAGCUGCCGCGGCGGUCCGCCGCUGCGUCGGUAUCGUUUUGGUGCUGGGAGCCGGUGUCGGAUUCAGUGGCGCCGCCGUCGUUACGGAAUACCUGAGCAGCCCGGGGGCAUCGACGGAAGCAGUCGAGGUUGGGAGGGCGAAGGCGAAAGCGCAUCUGAUCACCAAUGUUCCCAUUGUUGCUCUCGGACUACUUUAUUUGUUUUACUGA